GCAGAGGGUGUGCUCUGGGGAGGGCCCGCCCAAGACCGACCUCAUGGCCUUCAGCCCCAGCCUUCCACCUGGUCCCAUUGGCGGGGAUAGAGAAGAGCAGCUGAAUGUGGACGUUGAUCUUUCUGCUAAAGUUUCCUAGAUCAGAGGGUUCUCUGAAGUCUUCAACACCAGGAAUAUGAAAUCCAAAGAUGAAGACUGUGUCAUCAUUAAUAACUACUUUCCCCCAUUCUCAGGAACACAUAAAAUCUGUUGAGAAUUUUCUAAUCAACACUUAACAAUUCUAUGUUUACAAAGUGUAUGCACGUUAACUAUAGCUGGGUCUCUCUAAAUACUUAAAACCUGUGUGAAAAAAGGAUUUCCACUGAAGUAAAAACUGCCCCCGUGGUGAAACUAAGGAUCAUAAUCAACAGUACAAACCGUGGACCUUAGUAGUAUAAAAUGUGCUUCUAUUUUUCAACGGCGUUAAAGUAUGCGGAAUGGCUGAAAGAAAAAGACUUACCGGUAUCAGAAUCCAUUACUUACGGUUUGGAGCCACAUGAUGUCGCUCUGUACCAUAAAACUGAUGUACAGAGAAAGAAAAAAAUCCCUUCUGUUCUAAUAAGGAAGCUGCGUCUACCAUCCAGAUGCUGAGAAAUGGAGGAUACAGCGGCGCUAGACUGAACAGUUAGAAAAUUUUUCUUGAUUUUGGAACAAGAUCCCUUAGUGAAAACAAAGCACUGCGGGCUGGAGAUGGAGUUUUCCUGGGGAAGCAGCCAGGAAUCCCGGCGUCUGCUGCUCUCACUUCUGUUCCUCGCAGCCUGGAAAGCAGGGAGUGGCCAGGUUCACUACUCCGUCCUGGAGGAGGCCAAACACGGCACCUUCGUCGGCCGCAUCGCCCAGGAUUUGGGGCUGGAGCUGGCGGAGCUGGUGCCGCGCCUGUUCCGGGUGGCGUCCAAAGGCCACGGGGACCUUCUGGAGGUAAAUCUGCAGAAUGGCAUUUUGUUUGUGAAUUCUCGGAUCGACCGGGAGGAGCUGUGCGGGCGGAGUCUGGAGUGCAGCAUCCACCUGGAGGUGAUCGUGGACAGGCCGCUGAAGGUUUUCCAUGUGGAGGUGGAGGUGAAGGACAUUAACGACAAUCCUCCUAUGUUCCCUGCAACACAAAAGAAUUUAUUUAUGGCAGAAUCCAGGCCUAUUGACUCUCGGGUUCCACUAGAGGGCGCAUCCGAUGCAGAUAUCCGGGCCAACGCUAUGCUGACCUACACACUGAGCCCUAAUGAGUAUUUUUCGCUGGAAAAACCGAACGAUGACGAGCGGGUGAAACGUCUUGGGCUACUGUUAAGGAAAUCUUUAGACAGGGAAGAAGCUCCGGAGAUUUUUUUAGUGCUCACAGCCACUGAUGGCGGCACACCUGAGCUGACUGGCACUGUUCAGUUAUUAAUUAAAGUGCUGGACGCCAAUGACAAUGCCCCAGCUUUCGACAGAACACUCUAUGUCGUGAAAUUGCCAGAAAAUACUCCUAAUGGAACGUUGGUAAUGAAACUUAACGCCUCAGAUUUAGAUGAAGGCUCGAAUGCGGACAUUAUUUAUUCAUUCUCAACUGAUAUUUUACCAAAUGUGGAGUCCAAGUUUCACAUAGAUCCAAUUACUGGAGAAAUUAUGGUAAAGGGAUAUAUCGAUUUUGAAGAAAGCAAAUCCUAUGAAAUUCUUGUAGAGGGUAUUGAUAAAGGACAACCCCCACUCUCUGGACAUUGUACAGUUAUGGUGGAAGUUGAGGACACCAACGAUAAUGUCCCAGUAAUGGAAUUCAAGUCCUUGUUGCUGCCAAUCAGAGAAGACGCUCCAUUAGGCACGGUCAUCGCCCUGGUCAGCGUGUCCGACCGUGACUCUGGCGCCAAUGGGCAGUUGACCUGCAUCCUGUCACCCCACGUUCCCUUCAAGCUGGUGUCCACUUUCAAGAAUUACUAUUCGCUGGUGCUGGACAGCGCCCUGGACCGAGAGAGCGUGGAGAACUAUGAACUGGUGGUGACAGCGCGAGAUGGGGGAUCGCCUUCGCUGUCCACCACAGCUAGCAUGUACGUGGAAGUGGCCGACGUGAACGACAACGCGCCGGCAUUCGCGCAGCCCGAGUACACGGUGUUCGUGAAGGAGAACAACCCGCCCGGCUGCCACAUCUUCACGGUGUCUGCGCGCGACGCCGACGCGCAGGAGAACGCGCUGGUGUCCUACUCGCUGGUGGAGCGGCGCGUGGGCGAGCGCGCGCUGUCGAGCUACGUGUCGGUGCACGCGGAGAGCGGCAAGGUGUACGCGCUGCAGCCGCUGGACCACGAGGAGCUGGAGCUGCUGCAGUUCCAAGUGAGCGCGCGCGACGCGGGCGUGCCUCCGCUGGGCAGCAACGUGACGCUGCAGGUGUUCGUGCUGGACGAGAACGACAACGCGCCCGCGCUGCUGCCGCUGCGGCCUGGGGCGGGCGGCGCGGGCGGCGCGCUGAGCGAGCUGGUGUCGCGGUCGGUGGGCGCGGGCCACGUGGUGGCGAAGGUGCGCGCGGUGGACGCGGACUCUGGCUACAACGCGUGGCUGUCGUAUGAGCUGCAGCCGGCGGCGGGGGGCGCGCGCAGCCCGUUCCGCGUGGCGCUGUACACGGGCGAGAUCAGCACGACGCGCAGCCUGGACGAGGCGGACUUGGCGCGCCAGCGCCUGCUGGUGCUGGUGAAGGACCACGGCGAGCCGGCGCUGACGGCCACGGCCACCGUGCUGCUGUCGCUGGUGGAGAGCGGCCAGGCGCCAAAGGCGUCGUCGCGGGUGUUGGCGGGCGCGGCGGGCGCGGAGGCGGCGCUGGUGGAUGUCAACGUGUACCUGAUCAUCGCCAUCUGCGCCGUGUCCAGCCUGUUGGUGCUGACGCUGCUGCUGUACACGGCGCUGCGGUGCUCGGCGCCGCCCACGGAGGGCGCGUGCGGGCCUGGGAAGCCCACGCUCGUGUGCUCCAGCGCGGUGGGGAGCUGGUCGUACUCGCAGAGGCGGCAGAGGGUGUGCUCUGGGGAGGGCCCGCCCAAGACCGACCUCAUGGCCUUCAGCCCCAGUGUACCUGACUCUAGGGACAGAGAGGAUCUGCAACAAGCAACUGGAGAGUCCCUUUCAAAGAGAAAGGAAAAGGCUACUCCGUUUUUUACUCUCCUCCUGAAGCUGAAAAGAGAAGAAGUCCUGGUUCCCUGCGCCUGCUGCUCUGGCUUCUACUGUUCGCAGUCUGGGACCGGGAGUGGCCAGGUCCACUACUCGGUCCUGGAGGAGGUCAAACACGGCACCUUCGUGGGCCGCAUCGCGCAAGACCUGGGGCUGGAGCUGGCGGAGCUGGUGCCGCGCCUGUUCCGGGUGGCGUCCAAAGGUCAUAGAGACCUUCUGGAGGUAAAUCUGCAGAAUGGCAUUUUGUUUGUGAAUUCUCGGAUCGACCGGGAGGAGCUGUGCGGGCGGAGCGCGGAGUGUAGCAUCCACCUGGAGGUGAUCGUGGACAGGCCGCUGCAGGUUUUCCAUGUGGAGGUGGAGGUGAAGGACAUUAACGACAACCCGCCAAGGUUCUUCCGACAGGAACAAAGAUUAUUUAUUUUAGAGUCAAGAGUAGUGGAUUCCCGGUUUCCGCUAGAGGGCGCAUCUGAUAUGGAUGUUGGAGUAAACGCAGAAUUGAGAUACAAAUUAAAUCCUAAUGAAUAUUUUGACUUGGAUGUUAAAGCAAAUGAAGAAGAAACAAACAUUUUAGAGCUAGUCUUAAAGAAGGCAGUAGAUCGAGAAGAAAUCCAGGAACAUCUUUUAUUACUGACUGCAAUUGAUGGAGGAAAACCUGAACUAACAGGUACAGUUCAAUUAUUGAUCAACGUAUUGGAUGCGAAUGAUAAUGCCCCUAAAUUUGAUAAAUCAAUUUAUAAUAUCAGAUUAUUAGAAAAUGCACCGAAUGGGACAUUAGUUAUUAAACUGAACGCCUCAGAUGCAGAUGAAGGCAUUAAUAAGGAAAUAGUAUACCUCUUUAGUGAUCUUGUUCUUGACAACGUCAAAUCUAAAUUUGUAAUCGAUUCGAAUAGUGGGGAAAUAACAGUUACGGGAGAACUGGAUUACGAAGUCUGUAAUUUAUACGAAAUUAAUAUUGAUGCUGUAGAUAGAAGUCCAUUCCCAUUAACUGGACACUGCAAAGUAAUAGUAAAACUUCUGGAUGAGAAUGAUAACACCCCAGAGAUGGUCAUAACUUCCAUAUCUCUGCCGGUCCAAGAGGACGCUUCAGUGGGUACCGUCAUCGCCCUGAUUAGUUUGUCCGACCGAGACUCCGGUCUCAAUGGGCAGGUGACCUGCACCCUGUCGCCCGACGUUCCCUUCAAGCUGUUGUCCACUUUCAAGAAUUACUAUUCGCUGGUGCUGGAAAGCGCCCUGGACCGAGAGAGCGUGGAGAACUAUGAACUGGUGGUGACAGCGCGAGAUGGGGGAUCGCCUUCGCUGUCCACCACAGCUAGCAUGUACGUGGAAGUGGCUGACGUGAACGACAACGCGCCUGCAUUCGCGCAGACCGAGUACACAGUGUUCGUGAAGGAGAACAACCCGCCCGGCUGCCACAUCUUCACGGUGUCUGCGCGCGACGCCGACGCGCAGGAGAACGCGCUGGUGUCCUACUCGCUGGUGGAGCGGCGCGUGGGCGAGCGCGCGCUGUCGAGCUACGUGUCGGUGCACGCGGAGAGCGGCAAGGUGUACGCGCUGCAGCCGCUGGACCACGAGGAGCUGGAGCUGCUGCAGUUCCAAGUGAGCGCGCGCGACGCGGGCGUGCCUCCGCUGGGCAGCAACGUGACGCUGCAGGUGUUCGUGCUGGACGAGAACGACAACGCGCCCGCGCUGCUGCCGCUGCGGCCUGGGGCGGGCGGCGCGGGCGGCGCGCUGAGCGAGCUGGUGUCGCGGUCGGUGGGCGCGGGCCACGUGGUGGCGAAGGUGCGCGCGGUGGACGCGGACUCUGGCUACAACGCGUGGCUGUCGUAUGAGCUGCAGCCGGCGGCGGGGGGCGCGCGCAGCCCGUUCCGCGUGGCGCUGUACACGGGCGAGAUCAGCACGACGCGCAGCCUGGACGAGGCGGACUUGGCGCGCCAGCGCCUGCUGGUGCUGGUGAAGGACCACGGCGAGCCGGCGCUGACGGCCACGGCCACCGUGCUGCUGUCGCUGGUGGAGAGCGGCCAGGCGCCAAAGGCGUCGUCGCGGGUGUUGGCGGGCGCGGCGGGCGCGGAGGCGGCGCUGGUGGUCAACGUGUACCUGAUCAUCGCCAUCUGCGCCGUGUCCAGCCUGUUGGUGCUGACGCUGCUGCUGUACACGGCGCUGCGGUGCUCGGCGCUGCCCACGGAGGGCGCGUGCGGGCCUGGGAAGCCCACGCUCGUGUGCUCCAGCGCGGUGGGGAGCUGGUCGUACUCGCAGCAGAGGCGGCAGAGGUGUGCUCUGGGGAGGGUCCGCCCAAGACCGACCUCAUGGCCUUCAGCCCCAGCCUACCUCAGGGUCCCAGCUCUGCAGACACUCCGCAUGAUGUCGCUGUCUACCAUGAAGUCAAUCUAGUUAUUACAGUAUGCAAAAUCCAUUC